AUGCAACUUCGCAUGGAACCAUCACACAAGUAUGGCCAGGAGGAAACCCACUCGAGGAACGUAAGAUGCGAAGAAGGCAGCGCUUCAGCAAAGGCUAGGGCCCCUUGGGUGCCAAUCUGGUUCGACCCCAAACUACACAGCAAACAACAGGAAACACUGAGCAUCAAGGGGGAGGUGCAGCACGGCAUCGUGCGCCGCCUGCACGGGCAUGCUAAAGCGAUGGCUAUACACACUCGAGAUGCUCAAGUCGAGCGUCUUGCGCCGCAUAUUGUGCCAGCGCUGCAGCCCCAGCGUCUGCAAUGUGAUUGCCCCACAGUCUACAAGAGCUACAAACCAGAGGUGUUGAACCGAGCCAUUGGCGCCCAGCGCCUGCGCAAUCUUGAGCUGCGCCGCCUCACUCAGAGAAUCCAUCACCUCGCAACGCAAAUUGAGCAGCAGCAGCAGCAGCAGCAGCAGCAGCAGCAGCAGCAGCAGCAGCAGCAGGAGCAGGAGCAGGAGCAGGAGCAGGAGCAGGAGCAGCAGCAGCAGCAGGAGGAGAAGCAGCAGCAGGAGCAGCAGCAGGAGGGGGGGAGGAGGCGUCAAUGCGCACUGGUCAAGCCGACUCUUGUUGAUUGGAUGGAAGCUGCCCUACAAUCAGGCAUCAGUUGCCUGGUUCAACAGUUGAGUCGCCGCCUGAACAACGGUAGCCUAUCCCUGCAACCCAACAGCCGUGGUGGCGCCGGGAGCAGCAGUUUGCGCGGCAGUGAAGAAGGAGUGGUGCUUGAUGGCACCGGUGCAACGCACUAUGCCUCACGAUCUGGCAGCGGCUUGCCCCGUGCUCUCAAGCGCCAAGUUGACCACCUAGCUGAUCGCCUGGCCUCGAGUGAGCCCCCACAGGCCAGCCUCGGCGAACGCCAGCUGGUCGAGUGCGUCAUGCAACUCGUGGAGCAACACGCAGAGCAGCACGUCAAGCGGCCCGUGGCCGGACAAGUGGCGACAACGGCCACUGAGCAUCUUGCGAGUCAGCGGUGGCAGCGAUUCGAGCAAGAACUUUUGGACAAAGCCUCUGUCGUUGUGGACAGCAUGUUAUCCGACGACGGCUACGACUUGGCGCGGACUGGCCGAUCCAGCCCCUCUUACAUCGCGCCACCCACCAUUCUCUCGAGUUCUGACCGCGUUCUUGACGAUUUUGAGGCAGAUGAUUACUUUAACAUGAUUCCUGGACCCGAAUCCAUGACUCAGCUGAUGUAUCGCCUUCGGGCCCCCAGCGUCGAGACUCGCUGCAAGGCCUUGAUCGAGGUGGCAGAGAUUGCACCCGCCGAGCUGCGCCUGCACGACGAAUGGCCAGCCAUUGAGGAAUGUCUCUGGUGUCCUGACCUUGGUCUUGCGGUAUCUACAGCGGUGUGUCAUGCCUUGCUUGUGCUCAACCGUUUUAGUGGGGUCCAAACCACCUCAUCGUCUGAUUUUGUCCUGUUCCUCGGCGUGAUGCAAUUUGUACACCAGCUGCUCGUGGCCAUCCCCACGCGGUGCUUUCGCGUUCCGAAUCGCGAGUUAAUGGAAGUGUGCCACCACACGCUACGCAUGUGUGCCGUUCGCAUACAUCUUCCCGGAAACGACACAUCCUGCGCGAUGCUUGCGUUCCUGGGUCUUUUCGACGCCCAGGCCUCGUGGUUUGCUAGUUGGAGCCGAUCUUUGGCUCUGCGACAGGCCUUUACUUCUGCUCUCAGCGCAGAGCCGAGUUUCUCCGUUUGUUUGCAAGAGGCACUGGCCUCUAAGACAUGGCAGCUAUUACCGGACAAGCAAAGCAGCACAACCUACACCUUGACCCAACUGAAUUAUAUCUCCCAAGUUCAUGUCACACAUAUGAUCAGCCUCAUGGCCUUGCGGCUAGAGCUGCGUGAAUACCUCCGUACUCAUAGAGGCGAGCGGCGCAUGGCCAUGGCGCACCAUCUACUUACAGCAGCACUGCGCAUGGUAAACCAUGAUGGUGCUAGCCUCGAGUUUCUGAUCGAGACGAAGCUACCGCGUGCUUUGUUGGGCUUGCUGCAAACACCGGAUUGCCAAAGUCUGGCCACAGAUUUUCCUGCCGUCUGGAAUCACAUGGCUGAACUGGUCGCAGCCUUGGCCGCAACCACCGCAGGCGCGAAGUUUCUUGCCGAGGCCUCAACAGAUACCAGCGAUGCUUUCCCCAGUCUGGCACUGGGUCCGGUGUUGGAGACUUUGGCCCUGAACGAAGUUCGCGGAGCCAAGGCACUCAGCCCCAACACUCGCGCCACUUGGCUAUCGGCAGUUCGCCAAAUGCUUCUGAAUGCUCCGACCUCCAAAGCCGUUUUGGCGCACCGCCAACGCUUCUCCAAUCGUCUGCUUGAUGACCUUGGCGCGCCUGGCACACAACCUGACGAAGUCCUUCUGGAUACGGUCGUAAAUAUGAUGACCACACCAGCCAUCAUCGCCCGGGUUUUGCAUCGGCCCGUGGCUCAGCCAUGUCUGUCUUGGCUCAUCCCGCGCUUUCGUAGUCGACUCCAGAUCUCGCGACAUGAGCGAUAUGGCUAUGGUCUCAUUGUCAGCGAGCUCUUCAGCUCGCAUCGGGGCGUCCAGGUGCUGACGCAAGUCAAGUUUUGUUCUGAUCUAGUGCAGGACUUUUACACGGCCAUUCAGACAGUCAAUGACUGUCCCUUACCGGAGUGGGUUCCCGAGUCGGACGCAGGCGUGCAGCGCACAUUUGAUUAUGCUUGCAAGGCGUACGGCAACCUCACCAAGCGUCGUCGUCUGCUGCCAAUUGCAAAGUGCAUGACUACGGUGCCUUUCGUUCAAGACGUGUGCUCUCGCGGGCAUCACGCCAUUCUCCAGCUUCUUGAGCAUCUGCUCGACGACAAACUUGAUUGCAGCGAUGAGGGUCUACUGGUGCUGUUUGAGUACUUGCAAAUGGCCAGUACUUCGCUCAGCAAUCUCGUGCUGCUGAACGCUGCGAUUCGAUUGAAGGCUCGAAUGCAAGCUGUUGUACGCCGCCAUCGCUCCGUCUUGACUGCCACUUCGGGCUUGAUGCAACAUAUCGAGGCGCACAGUCUUGAUCCACUUGGGCUUGAGAAGCGCAUGGCACAAGUGACCGCUUCAGAGGCAGCCCAGCGUCACGCUGUUGACUUACUGUCCCAACUGACGGAUAGCAAAGACAGGAGCACAUUGUUUGACGUAAGCCAUCUUGACUUUGGCAUGGGUUCCGCCUGUGCACCCAUUUGA